CCACCUUCCAGCAGUUCCCCACCGGUCCACCUCGCGUCCCCGUCGGCGGCAGUAGGGCGGAACAGAACCCCGGAGAUGGAGCGGGAGCGCGGCACGUCGGCGGCGCUGUGGGGGCACGUGCACCUCCCGCUGCUGGCGCGCGCGGGGUCCAAGGAGUCGGUCGAGUACAUCCUACAGGCGCUCUGGCGCACUCGCCGCACCGGCCUCGACGCCGCCGACCGCACCGUCGCCCGCGACGCUCUCCAGCUCCCUUCCGACGCCGAGCUCGACCCCCUGCUGGUGUGCCUGAGGAUACUGAUCAGGCGGUGCGUCAACGAGAACGUCGCUAGGGACGACAUCCCCAAGCUCUUCCCCGAGGAGGUGCCACCGGAGCUGCAGAAGCUGCUCACCUUGCUGCUGCAGAAGUUCCAGCCGGAGUGGCAGCAGGAUGCCGCCAAGGAUCAGGAAUCCGCGCGGCAUUCCAGCGCUACAGAAUGUCAAUUGAACCAAAAUGGAGACACAUCAGAGCAUCCAGGUGCUGCUAAUGCAGAGUUUCAGAAUGGUGCCGCGCCUGUUGAGGAUUCUGUAGAAUCAUCAGGACAGAAAGAAAUGAAGAAGUCUCCAUUAGCUAAGGAUUCUUUGGACAAAAUGCUGAAGGACUUGUUCUCAAUCAAGGACCAAAUGGCAACUGAUGGCAGUAACACCGGUCACGAUGAGCCAUUACUCUUGCAGGGCAGUGACACCGGUCACGAUGAGGAGGUAGCUGGAAGCACUUAGAAGUAUAGCUAAUCCAAUCCAUUGCUUGUCAGUAAUUUGGCAUAUCAAUCUUUGUUGUUUUCCUUCGAUCUAGAUCACUGAUAAUUGAUGUCCACGUCCCACGGCAGCUGCAUUCCUUUUGUGUAUGGGACUGAUGUAGUAGUAAAUAGGAAGAAUGUUACCGCUAACUGCAUCAUUAUGUACUGAAAUUUAUUCUUCCAUUUCCACUGCUAGGAAGGAAUGAUAUAUAUGUUCACAUCUUUUUUAUC